CUGUAUUGGAACAAAGAUGUCUCUUGACCAAGACCAGCAGCAAUGCAAGCAAGGCACCACCCUGCCGCCGGCACUCUGUAAAGGAAACCCGAAAGAGUGCCCAGAAAUUGUGCCGUGUCCAGAGCCGGUGAAAUGUCCUGAGCCAAUACCAUGUUGUCCAGAGAAGCCGCCAUGCAAUGAACCAUCAGUCCCAGUUCUUCUUCCAUGCCCCGAGCCAAUACCAUGUCCUCAGGAGAAAGAGCAGUGCAAGUUGCCACCAGUCCAUAUUCCUCCUCCAUGCCCUGAGCUAAUACCAUGUUGUCCAGAGAAGCCGCCAUGUAAGGAACAAUCAGUCCCAGUUCCUCCUCCAUGCCCCGAGCCAAUACCAUGUCCACAGGAGAAGCAGCAGUGCAAGUUCCCAUCAGUCCAUAUUCCUCCUCUAUGCCCCGAGCCAAUACCAUGUUGCCCAGAGAAGCCACCAUGCAAGGAACCACCAGUCCCAGUUACUCCUCCAUGCCCUGAGCCAGUGAAAUGCCCACCUUGUGUGAAGACGUGCCCACCCAUUGAACAGCAACAAUGCAAGCAGCAAUGCCAGUUGCCACCCAAUUGGAAAUUAUCCUGUAUUGGAACAAAGAUGUCUCUUGACCAAGACCAGCAGCAAUGCAAGCAAGGCACCACCCUGCCGCCGGCACUCUGUAAAGGAAACCCGAAAGAGUGCCCAGAAAUUGUGCCGUGUCCAGAGCCGGUGAAAUGUCCUGAGCCAAUACCAUGUUGUCCAGAGAAGCCGCCAUGCAAUGAACCAUCAGUCCCAGUUCUUCUUCCAUGCCCCGAGCCAAUACCAUGUCCUCAGGAGAAAGAGCAGUGCAAGUUGCCACCAGUCCAUAUUCCUCCUCCAUGCCCUGAGCUAAUACCAUGUUGUCCAGAGAAGCCGCCAUGUAAGGAACAAUCAGUCCCAGUUCCUCCUCCAUGCCCCGAGCCAAUACCAUGUCCACAGGAGAAGCAGCAGUGCAAGUUCCCAUCAGUCCAUAUUCCUCCUCUAUGCCCCGAGCCAAUACCAUGUUGCCCAGAGAAGCCACCAUGCAAGGAACCACCAGUCCCAGUUACUCCUCCAUGCCCUGAGCCAGUGAAAUGCCCACCUUGUGUGAAGACGUGCCCACCCAUUGAACAGCAACAAUGCAAGCAGCAAUGCCAGUUGCCACCCAAUUGGAAGUAA